AUGUUAAAAAGACCUAAAAUUCAUAUUUUUCUGGGAGCACCCAGUAUCCCAAGCCCACUGGGGGUGUUGGAGCAAAUUAGUUCAGCACCUUCAGCUGAAAAAUGGAGAGAACUCUGCUAUUUAUGUGAUACACAUUGUGGUUUUCCCAAAAAAGUCAAAGCUGCUGACCAUGUAGGGCUUCAGGCAGAGAGCAGGGGAGUCACAGCAGUUCCUGUAAAUGCUGACAGCUCUCAGCAGUCUGAACAGGAGAGAGUGAUGGCAGCAAAAGAAUAUUUGACAUCAUUUGUAUCUGUGCCAGCAACCUGUAGCAGCUCACCUAAGAAACCCGAAUGUUUAAUUCCUGCUGAUUGUCAGAUAUCUAAAGACAGAUGCAGACAUGCAAACCAGGCUGCAGAUCAACACCUUCCACACAACUUGACAGAGUCAGCUAAACAAGAGAAACCAUCACAUGGCUGUGUUGGCCUUGCUGAAAGAAGAGCAGAUCAUUCGGAAGUUAGCAACUCUGAUAUGUCUGAUUUGGUUGCCAGUACUAAGCAGAUUAACAUACAUCUAAGUUCUGUGGGACAAGGUAUUCAAUCAGAUUGUGGAAGUGAGCAUCACGAACAUCUAAAUCAAUAUCUGGAUAUGGUUUUCCCCCAAAAUCAAGACUCAAAACCCAAAGGAAAACCAAGUGAUUGUUCAGACUUUGCAGUGUCAACAGCUACUGAAUUUCUCAGUAUAAUGACUUCAAGUCAGAUGGCUGUUGUUGCACAGAAUCAGAAUGAGAUGCAGAAAAGAACCAUAAAACUGACAAAAGCAGGCAAAAAAACUGAAAAAAGGCAAUAUGAAUCCUUGGAAUUUGAUUCCGAUGUUGUAGCGUGUCUUAAUGCGGCUGAAAAUGUGUAUAAGGAAGAGUAUACAAGUUCCCUUGAACUUUUUGAUUCUGAGUAUGAUGGGGAAAAUGUUUCCUUUGAAAUUACAAAGCAAGAAGAAAAGGCUCAGGAAAAUACAAAGAAGCCUCAAGAACUUCAUGUUCAUGCUGAGCAAUUUAAAUGAAUUCAUAUUGAGCCAUUGAGCUCAGGAAUAUUGUGCUCUCAAGUAGACAGCUCUCAUAAGAGUUCUUCUAAAAGAGCCUGUAAGGAUGAGAUUCCUUUUAUAUUUUUCACUCAGGCAUUUAAAGGACAGCUGAAAUCAAAGAAAGCUAAACUGAAUUCUUCUCCAGCUGGCCCCUGGGUGAGAGUUGAACAAGAAAAGAUGACACAGUUCAAGAAACUUCAAAAGAAGCUAUCGCUCCUUAAGAAUUGCUGCUGCAAAAAUCAAAAGUACAACGUUUUGGUCACAGUAUUACAUCCUUGUCAUAUCAAAGAAAUACAGGUGAAGACUAGACCUACCUCUGCACGUAAAGUUCCUGUAGCAACAAUUUGUAGUUAUGACCAGUCCGAAGUUGAGAGAAAGGUGGUCCCUGUGGCGUGUGCUGCGUUUUGGUCCACUGUUUUCCCUGGGGAUAUUGUACUUCUCACAGAUGUAAUAAUGUAUGAGAAUCUUUGGUGUGGAGAAAUCAUGCUGCAAUCUACAUUUACCAGUCAGUUAUUGAAUCUGGGGAACUUCGCUCUCAAUCCAAAAGAAUUUUAUCCUGUAGUGGAUGGCAAUGUCCUUCAUGACUUACUGGCAUACGUGUCAUCAGAAUUUCCACACUUUGGAGAUAUUCCACAAAGACAAGUUCAGAGAUUGGAUGACGUUCAGUAUAUGCAGCUAGAUCAGCUCCAGCCAAAUAUUUUGGUUCACUCAGUCUUGAAAAUUGUGGACAUAACCAUAUUAACAGAAUCUGUCUAUAGCUACAGAGGUGGCAACCAAAGAAAAAUUAUUAUAACAGUUGAACAGAACAGAGAUCAACACUGUAAGAUGGUCCUGUGGGGAGCAGGGGCUGCCUGGUACCCUCAGCUUCAAAGGAAAAAAGAUCACAUAUGGGACUUUAAAUAUCUUCUAGUCCAGCAGAGUUCUGUCUCAGGUGACUUUGAACUACACACAACUCCAUGGUCAUCCUGUGAGUGCUUGUUUGAUGAUGACAAAAGGGCAGUUGAAUUUAAUGAGAAGUUUCAGAAAAGUAAAACAUCCCUCAUGCAGGUGACAAAGCUCUCAACACAUUUGGAGGAAAAAUGCUCAGGAGUGAUUCAAUUGAAAGCCCAUAUCUUGGAACUGAAGUUUACCAUUUCUAUGGGUCACUACAAGCAACUCGUAUUCCGUGCUGACACCUCACUGGAGUAUCUUUUGGCUUCUCUGCCUAUGAUUACUUACUCAGGUUGUGCUAUUGGUUUGGAACUACAGACAGAUGAGAACAUGAUCUACAAGCAGUGUAUCAGAUGUCUGCCAUUCAACAAAGUAAAAACAUUCUACAGACCUGCCUUGAUGACAGUAGAAGAUGAAGGAUAUGAGAUUUAUGUUCAUGUGGUGUCUGAGUUGAUGGAAAAAAUCUUCCUCAAUAUUCCAGCAGACUGGCUGAACAAAGUAGUAGUGCCCUCUUCAGAUAUAACCUACAGCACAAUAGUGGCAGAAUCUGUGAUUUGCUGGCUAGCAGAUACUGAAGCAUCCUAUUUGUUGCAAAUUAGGAGCCAUUUUGUGCUUGAUGAAAACAGCUAUCCUUUGCAAAAGGAUUUCCAUCUACUAAAUUUUCAUCCUGAUCUUUGAAUCAACGUUCUACAAUAAGUGAGUAACAGAGACCAGAGGAGCACACAGAUGGCAAACAAGAAAAAUUUAACUCUUUCAGGAAGCAAAUCACCUAAAAAUAGAAGAAAAUAUUUUUGGUUUAACUAUACAAAAAAAACCAAAACAAGAUCAAAAACAAACCCAAAAGGACUAGUAUGGAGUAUCUACUCAUUGUAUAUACUGCUACUGUAAUAUUGGUAAAUUUCAAUAAAGU